AAUCUCUUCCAGAAUUAUAAGAAAAUAAAUUCAUUUCUCUCUCUUCACCCACUUUCCAGUCUCCCCUCCCCUCUCUCUCGCUCUCAUCUGAAGGAGCCGGCGGGAACGCAUUUAGACUGCUGAGAUCAAUUCUAGUUUUUCCCCCUUCAUCAGUGCAUAUCAAGAAGCGCUAAGGUGAAAUGGCUAUGGUUGAUGAACCACUGUAUCCAAUAGCUGUUCUCAUAGAUGAGCUUAAAAAUGAUGACAUCCAGCUUCGAUUGAACUCAAUCCGUAAGCUGUCGACAAUUGCACGUGCUCUUGGUGAGGAACGAACGAGGAAGGAACUCAUACCGUUCUUAAGUGAAAACAAUGAUGAUGAUGACGAGGUGCUUCUUGCAAUAGCGGGAGAGUUGGGUGUGUUUAUUCCAUACGUCGGGGGAUUGGAACAUGCCCAUGUUUUACUUUCACCUCUGGAAACCCUUUGCACUGUUGAGGAAACCUGUGUGAGAGACAAAGCUGUGGAGUCAUUGUGCAGAAUAGGUUCUCAGAUGAGGGAGAAUGACUUGGUUGACUGUUUUAUUCCUCUAGUCAAGAGAUUAGCAGCUGGUGAAUGGUUUACGGCUCGAGUUUCUGCAUGUGGUCUAUUUCAUAUUGCUUACCCAAGUGCCUCAGAAAUGGUGAAGAUAGAAUUGCGAUCAAUAUAUGGGCAGCUGUGUCAGGAUGACAUGCCAAUGGUUAGGAGGUCUGCUGCUUCUAAUCUGGAGAUGUUUGCUGCAACAGUUGAACCUUCUCAUUUGAAGUCCGAAAUCAUGUCGAUAUUUGACGAUCUUACCCAGGAUGAUCAAGAUUCUGUGCGGUUAUUGGCCGUUGAGGGUUGUGCUGCUCUUGGCAAAUUGUUGGAACCUCAGGAUUGUGUUGCUCAUAUUCUCCCUGUUAUUGUCAAUUUCUCUCAGGAUAAAUCAUGGCGGGUGCGUUAUAUGGUCGCAAAUCAAUUAUGUGAGCUUUGUGAAGCUGUAGGGCCUGAACCUACUAGGGCGGACUUGGUCCCUGCAUAUGUACGGUUACUUCGUGACAAUGAGGCUGAAGUACGUAUAGCAGCCGCUGGGAAAGUGACAAAGUUUUGCCGGAUUUUAAGUCCCGAUCUUGCAAUCCAACAUCUACUUCCCUGCGUGAAGGAAUUAUCAUCUGAUUCUUCCCAGCAUGUGCGGUCUUCUUUGGCCUUUGUUAUAAUGGGAAUGGCUCCUGUGUUGGGGAAGGAUGCAACCAUUGAGCAGCUUCUUCCAAUUUUUCUCUCCCUUUUGAAAGAUGAAUUUCCUGAUGUACGCCUCAACAUUAUCAGCAAGCUUGAUCAAGUGAAUCAGGUUAUUGGAAUUGAUUUAUUGUCCCAAUCAUUGCUACCGGCUAUUGUUGAGCUUGCGGAGGAUAGACAUUGGAGAGUUCGCCUUGCAAUUAUCGAGUAUAUUCCUUUGUUGGCUAGCCAGUUGGGUGUAGGGUUUUUCAAUGAUAAACUUGGUUCCCUUUGCAUGCAGUGGCUGCAGGAUAAGGUUUACUCAAUUCGAGAUGCUGGUGCUAACAAUUUAAAACGCCUUGCUGAAGAAUUUGGUCCAGAGUGGGCAAUGCAGCACAUAAUCCCUCAGGUGCUGGAGAUAAAAAACGAUUCACAUUAUUUGUAUAGGAUGACUAUUAUACAUGCUAUCUCUCUCCUUGCCCCUGUUAUGGGCCCAGAAAUUACAUGUUCUAAAUUGUUGCCAGCAGUCGUCAAUGCAUCGAAGGACAGAGUACCCAACAUCAAAUUCAAUGUGGCAAAGGUGCUGCAGUCCUUGAUUCACAUAGUUGAUCAGUCUGUGGUAGAGAAGACAAUUCGACCCUGCUUGAUUGAGCUCAGUGAGGAUCCAGAUGUUGAUGUCCGUUUUUUCGCCAACCAAGCGCUGCAGUCGAUUGAUCAUGUGAUGAUGUCUAGCUAGCAACAUUGAAAUCCUCGUGAAUGUAGGAUUGCUUUGAAGACACUGUUGCAACACUUGGUAUUCAGUUUCUUCUGAUCAUAUUAUUUCUUUCUCCCGAGUCCUGACACUGUAUGGUGCUACAUUUGUGUCUGUCAAUUUUAACUGGUUUGUAAAGCGAUUUUGCCUAUCCCUGUCACUUUCUCUGAUCAUUGAGAAACAUGCAGACUAACUAACUAACCACGGGAUACUAUUAGCAUCAUUGUUAUGUAUUUUGAAUUAAAAUUUCCAUUUAAAUUAUGCUGAA